CGACAACAAAAAUAAACAAGCGUUUAGGAUCUCGAAAGGAUAAUGUAAAUGAUUUGUGACAAUCAAACAAUUUCAUUAGAUGUACGCUCUUAUGUCCGAUAUUGUUUUCGUUAUGUUCUGUUUAAUCAACCGGCACGGCCUAUGUAGGUACGAACAACAAGUUAAAUAACGGAUUUUAUUGGAAGCAACGUCCUCGUAGUUUAUAAAUAAUAAAAAAAUGGCAUCGACAGGAAACGUGGUGAUCAUUGAUGACGAUGCUGAUAACGAACCUAACCAUCAGCAAACUGCAAAUCAAAUUAUAAAAGCGGAUGAUCCACUCCAUGCAAUAACAAGGCCAAAUGAACCGCAAAAUAUACAAACCGAUGGAGAUUCCAGUACUAAAUGUAUACCAGAACAAUUUACGCCACAAAUAUCUACUCCACUGAACAUUCCUAAACGGUUGCCGCAUUUCGGUGAACAACAGACAGCGUCCCAUGGAGCAUCUGCUUCGAAAAUAUCCGAAAAAGAAGAAAUGCCUGGCGUUGAAGACAGAGUGCAGAAGUUUCAAGGUAACGAUGUGGCGCCUAAACGACACCAGCGGGCGGGAAAACCUAAAUGGAGGAAAGAAAGACCUCGUAGCGGAUAUGGUUGUUUGGGUAAAGAUUUAAAUGCACCGAAAAUUCCGUUUGAAGUUAAAGAAGAAAUGUCCGCCGUUAAGGUCGCGAUGCUAAUUAUCAAAGGGUUUGGUAAAAGGUACAAGAGUUCUACUGUAAACAUCAACCUGGACGAACAAAAUAAUCGAGUGACGAUAGAAACACAAUCUGAGGAGGAAUUGAAUACCGUUCGGUCACUCAUGCGUGAAUGUCUUGAACAAAUACGUACGAGAAAAAUGGUUGUGGAUAAGAAUGUGGCUGAUUUUUUGGCAACUGAUCCGUGUCGCAAAUGCUUGCGUGCUAAAUUGAAAAGCAAAAAGAUAGGAGCUGUAAUUGAUGCACAAGAACAUUCUUGUGAACUGGUCGGGUAUGCAUUCACUGAUGAAAAUAUCGACACAGCGUUUAACGUUUUAGACGAAACGUUGAUUACAAGAGACAUUCCGCUGCAAACGCACGAUCGCGAGGCUGUAAAUGCGUCAAUCAAUAAAAUAAGUCAACACAAAACCCAACUUACUAGUUUGUUUGUGUCCCCGACGACCGUUAAAUUAAUUAGUUUCGUUGAAAGAGAAGUAGACGAAAUAGAGACGAAGGUUCUGAAUUUGAUGAAGGAUUGUAAGCCAAAGGAAGAACGCGCGUUUGUAGAAUUAUUACAUAAUGCAAAAGCCAGGUGCUUCAACCAGCACUUUUCAAUUGGACUUCAAUCUGCAAUAAGACAAAGAAACGGCCAGUAUCUGUCUGAACAGUCUGGCAAUGAUGAAAAUAUUAAAGUGAAAAUCAAAGUCAUCGGAGAGCCAGACCUUGAAGAUUUGCUAGAACAAACUGUAAAUAAGGUUUGGAAGGAAAGAUUUGACUUCGCCAAAGUAUCCACUAAUGCUGAUGAUAACUGGCUGCUUGUGAAGGGUCUUUCUGGGAAAGAGGGUAUGACUUUCCUGAAGCACUGUGAAGUAACUUUCGAUUGCUUCAUAGAACAUUGUAAUGAGGGCACAGUACACCCACCCACUGGAAAAUCACGGGUAACAGUUGUAACAACCGAGGAUUCGGAUACUUCAAGUAGCAGCGACGAUGAAGUGAGUCCAGGUACGGAAGCCGAUGUUGAUAAUGAAACCAGACCUAAAACAAUUGUGUCUGCUAGAUCGAUCCGUUCAGACACAUACAUGCAACUGCAGGGAACAUGUGACUACAAAGUUGCGUUGGCUCAUGCUCUUCAAAAAUCGCUAGAAUUAGAAAGCAGUGAACUGAAUCAUCCAAACAAUGAAGCCCGCGGAUUGCGUCAGUUAAGAGAUAGGUCCCUACCAUCUUUGGAAUUCGCAUCUCCAGAACAUGAUGAUAUAGGUUAUGGGGUCUACUCCAAUUGGAUGACUGACGAUUUGUAUCCGCGACAGGAGGAUCUGCAGCAACAGGUACAAAGACCCAGGCAUGCAUAUGUUAAACGUGAUCAAGAUGAUAAUCAUUCUCUAAUGAAUACAAGCAGCUAUUCGCAAAACAUGAAUGGAAUGCAAAUACAUGUAGUGAAAGGAGAUGUCACAACAGAAAAGGCUGAUGCCCUGGUAAAUAUGGUUUCUUCAAAUAUGGAUUUUGGUGAAACUACCGUCUCGAAGGCGUUUCAGAGAGCAGCCGGACACGCCCUUGAACACAACUAUGCAGCCAGUAGACAGAAUGGUCUAAAUUUAAAACGAGUUAUUGUCACCCCGGGUUAUGGAAAGCUGAUUUGCAAAGCAGUAAUACAUGUCGGUCUUAUUGUUGGGAAAGACAUGUGCAAAAUGUGCUUAAGCAUGGUAAUUUCGCAAAUACUACGAAAAUGCGAGAAGUAUCGGUGUCAGUCCAUUGCCUUGAUACCGCUUGGUUUAGGGCGAAUGUACAAGUACGAGGCUGAUGACUGUGCGGAGCAAACUUUUUUGUCUCUAAGCCAGUAUCACAAUAGUGGGAUUCUGAAGGAUGUAAAGAUUGUUGUCUCCGAUGAAAAGACUUUGCAAGUGUUUACGUCCGCAUUGAAAUCAACUGCACAAAGUGGGAAAAGUAGUCGUGCACAAUUAUCGCCAUUUUCGCAACUCCUUCCGCAACUAGCUUUGUUUUCACCGACGACUUUACAACAGCCAUACAUGCCUCGUCAGCAGCUUGGACGUUCAAAAGCAUUUGUAUCAAAAUCUGGUUCUCGUCCAUCUAGCCAAGAUUUUUCCUCUAAGCCAACGGCAGCGCAUUUUCACCGCAAGGACGGCAAUUCUGGUCAACAAGCGCGUUCUGCCUCUUCUGCAAAUUUACAAAUCGAUACAAGAAGCACCACAAGACAAAGUAGUUCUCGUGUGAAAUAUCAGGCGAUGCCAGGCAUGAAUUUAAGUGUGUUCGCCAAAGAUAGGCCUACAUGCGAAAAUGCACUGACAGAAAUGGGCAAAGCAAUGAAGCAAGAUUUGCUUUUUGAAAAGAAAUUCGAAAGGAUCCAUUUAUUAUCGAAGGAGACUAAGUCAGAGAUUGCGAAAGUCAUAGACGAGCACAAUAUUAUAUCGAUUAAAGAGAAAGAUAAUUUCCUCCUGAGGGGGAGACGUGACGGAGUGCUUAGUGCCCACAGUUGCAUUAUGAUGAUUAUACUGAAGAACCCAAGAUCGUCAAACACGAAGAGAAGUGCUGACAAUUCAAAAAGAGAAACGAUAGAAUUUGCACGUGUCGUUGCGGAAGAAGAACCUUUGGUACCAAAUUAUUGGAAGCACUACAAAGAGGGUUUAACACUUGCAAAUGUUAUUUUGAAAGUUACGCACAAAAUCACGGGAAAGGACUAUGAAAAGGUCGAUAUCAAACCGACAUCCCACACCUACAGUAGAAUUGUUCGAAUGGUCAACGAAACCACAGAUCCUUCAGUUAUUGGAAAGGGAAAAGACGCGACUGGUCUCGAUCCUCGACAAUAUUCGAAACUGUGGGUAACCGAGAUACAACGAAUAGAAAAUUUGAGUUUGUUCCGAAAAUACUGUCAUAAACGACAGUCGUUGUUUGAACAGCUAGUGAAACAAAAGAAAGGGGCUUGGCCAAAAGUUGAAUGCAUACCAAAGUCAACCGGACCAAUAGUACUACAAAAGCUUGCGUCCAGAAAAAUGGCAUCAGAUUUGUAUCCUGAGAUAAAUGAAGUGUUGUUGUUUCAUGGUACAAAAGAAGAUACCAUAGAUACCAUUUGUCAGGAUGGACUCGACCCGAGGCUCGGAAGUGGAAAAGCGAUGUUCGGUCCUGGCGUAUAUGGUGCGGAGAAAGCAUUAAAAGCCGAUCAGUAUACAGGUAUUACGUUUUCUGUCACGAUUCUUUGA